AUUCUAUGACAAAGUACUUUCCUUGCAUGAGGAUUCAGCAACCCCUGUGGCUAACCCUCUGCUUGCCUUUACUCUCAUCAAACGCCUGCAGUCUGACUGGAGGAAUGUGGUACAUAGUCUGGAGGCCAGUGAGAACAUCCGAGCUCUGAAAGAUGGUUAUGAGAAAGUGGAGCAAGAACUGCCAGCCUUUGAGGACCUGGAGGGUGCUGCACGGGCCCUGAUGAGGCUGCAGGAUGUAUACAUGCUCAAUGUAAAGGGCCUCGCCCGGGGUGUCUUCCAGAGAGUCACUGGCUCUGCUGUCACUGACCUAUACAGUCCGAGACGGCUCUUCUCCCUCACAGCAGACGACUGCUUCCAAGUAGGCAAGGUGGCCUAUGACAUGGGAGAUUACUACCAUGCCAUUCCGUGGCUGGAGGAGGCUGUCAGUCUCUUCAGAGGAUCUUACGGAGAAUGGAAGACAGAGGAUGAGGCGAGUCUAGAAGAUGCCUUGGAUCACUUGGCCUUUGCCUGUUUCCAGGCAGGAAAUGUUUCAUGUGCCCUCAGCCUCUCCCGAGAGUUUCUUCUCUACAGCCCAGAAAAUAAGAGGAUGGUCAGGAACGUGUUGAAGUAUGAAAGGCUCUUGGCGGAGAGCUCUCACCAAGCAGGAGCUGAGACUGUCAUCCAGAGGCCCAACGUGCCCCACCUGCAGACCAGAAACAUGUAUGAGGGGUUGUGUCAGACCCUGGGUUCUCAGCCCAUUCACUACCAGAUCCCUAGCCUCUAUUGCUCCUAUGAGACCAAUUCCAGCCCCUAUCUGCUGCUUCAGCCCGUCCGGAAGGAGGUCAUCCACCUGGAGCCCUAUGUUGCUCUCUACCAUGACUUCGUCAGUGACUCAGAAGCUCAGAAAAUUCGAGAGCUUGCAGAGCCAUGGCUCCAGAGGUCAGUGGUGGCAUCCGGGGGAAAACAACUACAGGUGGAGUACCGCAUCAGCAAAAGUGCCUGGCUGAAGGACACUGUUGACCCAAUGCUAGUGACCCUUGACCACCGCAUUGCUGCCCUCACAGGCCUGGAUGUCCGGCCUCCCUAUGCAGAGUAUCUCCAGGUGGUGAACUAUGGGAUUGGAGGGCAUUAUGAACCUCACUUCGACCAUGCCACGUCACCAAGCAGCCCCUUGUACAGAAUGAAGUCUGGGAACCGAGUUGCAACGUUUAUGAUCUACCUGAGCUCAGUGGAAGCAGGAGGAGCCACGGCCUUCAUCUAUGCCAACUUCAGCGUGCCUGUGGUUAAGAACGCAGCACUGUUUUGGUGGAACCUGCACAGGAGUGGUGAGGGGGAUGGAGACACACUUCAUGCCGGCUGUCCAGUCCUGGUGGGAGACAAGUGGGUGGCUAACAAGUGGAUCCACGAGUACGGACAGGAAUUCCGCAGACCCUGCAGCUCCAGCCCCAAAGACUGAAGUGUUGGCCGAGAACAGCUGUGCAGUCAGUGGCUUUCCGGAGAAGCCGAAGCUGGGACCAGAAGCCAGGGUGGGAGAGGAGUAGGACAGCAGCCUCCCAGAAGACCUUGCUGGCUUCACCCAUUCAUGCGGAUGGCGGGCAAGGGAAGUGCUCUCGGGCCCCUGGAGAGUUCACACUUUUCUCUUACGCAGUCAUGAGAGUCAAAGGCUAAUACAAAGGAGGGGUGGCGGAGGCCUCAGAGAGGUUGCUGAGCUCAGAUGCUCUGUUAGAAAUAGAACAUAUCGUCAGGCUCUGGGGUUUGGCUAAUUAGUCUUUUGCCACUUUGAUGCUUGGCCACAGGGACCCAGAAGUGGCCGUGAGGACACCUGCAGGAGGGGCCAGCCCAGCCCCCAUGCCUCCUGCUGGCCCUGAGCAGGCAGUGCGUCCAACACAGAGUGUACCCUACAUGAGUGCUACGUCCUGUGAUGAGUUUUUAAAAGUAGAAAGCAACCUUUUCUUUUUAUAUUAUUAUUUUUAAUAUCGUCAUUAAAAUGUUUACACAUCAUGCUUCCCAGAGAGAAUGUUCUUACAAUGCUGAAUGAAAAAGCAGAGUGUGACAUUUUAUUAUGUUCUCCUCUCAGCCUGGCUCUCACUUCUCGCCUCGUUCAAGAUGCUGACAUUUUCGCUGUUCCCCAGAGCCGCCGUGCACAGGGCUCGCUCUCCUCCUCGGCCAGGGCCUUCUCAGUCCUUUCUUGGCUCGAUGUCCCUUCAGAGAGGCUUCCCUGACCACCUACUUCUGGCCACUUUCUGUCCUGUUAACUGAUUUGAUUUUCCUCCUAACAUGUACUGUACCUGAAUUGAAGUUACUUCGCUCAUUUGUUGAAUUAUCAUCAGUCACCUUCCUUGCAGGGUGAGCGCUGUAUGGCCUUUAUACUUUGUAAAGCCCAUGUUAGCCGCAUCUCGCUGCAUUUCAGUAUUUGUUUAUUGCCAGGCCGCUCCCACUGGACUCUGUCCUCUUUAUUCCUCUGGGAAGCCCCAGAAGGUCUGGUUCAAAAUAAGCAGGCAUUCAGCAUUUUUGCAAAGGCAUCCUUUGAGUUGCACUGUGGAGGAUAAAUUUCUACAGGCAGAGUCUGAGGAGGCAAUGUUUCCCCCCAAAAGGACUGGCAAGCCCUCUGGCUGCAGCCAUGGCUGACAGUGAUGUUCGAGCACUUAUACCAAGAGAACACUGAAGCCACUUGCCACAGUUUCCUCCAGGGAUGUGAAUGUUUCUUGUUCACAAAGCAGCCACAGUGAAGGGACGAGUUUGUUCAGAGUUGGCAUUGGUUAGACUACACAGUACCCCCGCCCCAGGAAGGAGGGACGGGCUAGGUCUGCUGUAGGACAGUGCCUCUCCUCAAAGCUAGGAGUGAAUGGUAUCACCUUCCGUUCGGCCAGCGUGUCAGUCUUCAAGACACUCUCCCAGUCUUCCUUUCAAACCGCACCUCCCCAGGGAAGAAAGCAGAGCAAGUACUGUGGAAUGACGUUAGGUGCUUAGUGGCUUGCGGGGUGACACGGCCGAGCCAGAGCUAGACACCUGGCCUUCUGUGUCCCUCGCCAGGGCCCUUUCCAGAGCCAUGUCCCUGCACCACACCACACCACACCACAAAGGAACGGCCUCAUUAUUUUGUUUGCAUGUCUCCACAUCCUCUGAAGGUCUGACUAAUCCUGCUGGACAGUGUGUGUGGUUUUGGGGUCCCAAUAGAAGUUAGUGGGUAGAUAGUAAAUUCUAAACACGACUGACUGGGCUUGGGGCAUUUCUUGUUUAUAUAUAUAUAUUUUUCCUUCUUUCUUGCACUAUUUUGUGAGCUGGUUUCUAACACUAUGUCCAACCUGGGCUCCUGGGCUUGUUGGCAUUAAUGUGACUGUUAGCAUUAUCAUUACUACGGGCCAGGCACUGUCCCGAAUACUUAUGUGUACUUGUUCCCAUUAUCUUCCUAAUAAGUACAAUUAUGCCUGUUUUAUGGGUAACAGAAACUGAGGCAGAGAGAGUACAACUUGCCUGAGGCCACAGAGCAAAGGCAGGAUUCAAAUCCAGGUCGGUUACCAAAGAUCUUAAUCACCCUUCCAAUAUCUGACUUGUCACUUGUGCUGUUGUUGCUCUACUCCUAUUGGCAAUAAUAUCUUUUGGAGCUGAUAUUUUUAGGGAAGGAGUCUGAAACAUUUUCCCAAGCACUGCAAGGAUCUAUCCACUGUGUCUCUGAUGCCUACUUCGACCCCUGUCAGAUACAGAUGUUUGUCAAGUGCUUGAAUGAAUCAUUUCCUUUCCCCAGAUGUACACUAUCAGUGAGCAGCUCCAUUCUAGGUACAUCAUAACAUCCAAGAAAGCGAGGCGGCCUGCUCAUUGCCCUGGAGGACAGUUAGUCCAUACUCAAGUGUAAGGAUGGAGAAGUGGACAUAACCCAGUGGAAAGCGUGUGGUAUUCGUCCUAAGGCUCAGAAGGCAACAGAGGGCUCAGAGGGCUUCCAUGCUGGAGACAGGAGCCCAGGGAAAAGAGGUGUGAAAGAGGAGUGGGGAGCAGCAGGCCACCCCACUUGUUCCCCUUUCAUAAACCACAGGGAGCAGAGAAAGCUGUCUGGGAGGAGGAAGCAAGUGGGUGUUGAUUCUAGGGGACUCCCGUCCCACAAUGCCAAGAGCCGCACAAACUUCCCUUUCAUGGCACCACUCAAAGAGUCCCCUGUUUGGGGACCGAGGCUGCUCAAGCUGGGAGAAGCCAAAGGAGCCUACGUGCAGGGCCAGGGAGUUGGGGGGACAUUUGCAUGUAGGUUGCUGUGCACUCAGCAGAGCUAUAAAAUCAGUGAAGAGGCAAAGAAAAGCUUAUGUCCCUACUCUUGGCUGGUUAUUCCCUGUCCCAUAACUAAUUCUCCACCAUUAUCAUGCCUUUUGACAAAGGACGAAAGUAGGGCUCAGAGGAAAGACAUCCCUGGGCUCACAUAGCUGAGAACAGAGCCCUCUAGAGCCAUCUCUUUCUCUGGAUUUGUGUCUCUUCCUCACUUUGAACCUUCGUAUUUUCUUAGGAACAAGAGCCUGCCUCUCUCCUUUAUCCCCCCCAACCCUGCCUCAUAUAUUCAAGUUCUUGAACAGGAUCCCUCCUAUCAAGUGCUUGAUCUGCCCACCCGUCCCCCCAAGGGUUGUGAUAGAAGUUUCCCCUUUUCCUGCAAGGGAUGUAUUUGCAUUUGAAAUAGGAGUCCUGGCAAAAUAAAAAAAUUAUCUCAAAGAAAUGAAGUGCUAAGGAUGGAUUCUAGGCAUCAGGAUAGCUGUGGGGGUGUGUGUGACAAAUAUUUUGACCAAGGGUUUAAGGACAUGGCUCAGAGGAAUCCUCACAGAAAAUUACAUCUCUACCUUGCUCAAGGUUCACGUUUUAUACAGAACGUAACUAUGAUACCUAUCAUGCCCCCCUGUUCAUCUGUUUACCAAUUGAUGGAGCUAGAGAGCAGUUAUUUCUCCUGGCCAGGACAGAUGAAGUCACUUGUUGUAUAGCAGUGGUGGGGCGGCGGUGGGGUGGCGGUGGUGGGUGUUGUUUGAUACAGGGAUCUUGCUAUGUAGUUCAUGCUGGACUUGGACUCACUAUGUAGCCCAGGUUGGCCUCGAAC